AUGAAGUGUCUAAUUUUCGUGUCCCUCUUUGUUUUUAGCUGUGAAUCCGCUGUUAUAACAGAUGGAUUUCGACGUCAAAGAGAGAUAAACGAACGCCCUAUAAUCGGGGUUCUGAGUCAAGAACAAUCUCGUUAUCUCCAUAGUAAAUUUCCAGAAGAAAAUUAUACGAGUUACAUAGCAACAUCAUACGUUGAUGAUAUAGAGAAAUCUGGUGCGAGGGUGGUGCCUAUAUUAAUUGGAAAGGAACGUAGCUACUACAGAGAGCUUAUGCAAAAGGUUAAUGGAGUGCUUUUCCCCGGUGGUGCUACAUUUUUCAACCAAUCCCACGGCUACGCUGAUGCUGCACAGCAUAUCUACGAAAUCGCUCAAGAAUUCAAUGAAGCUGGUGAUUACUUUCCAAUAUUCGGGACCUGCCUGGGAUUCCAGCUUAUCAUAAUUUUGGCUUCUGGUCGAGGUCCGAUAGAAAAUAGAGAAACAUGCUAUUCAUUUGAAAACUUGCCCCUAAUUUUAUCUCCAGACUUUCGUAGCAGCAAAAUGUAUAAGGACAUAACAGACGAACAAGUUAAGACGCUUGUUAAUGAAGAUGUUACAGUCAAUUCUCACCAAUUUUGCAUUCUUGAUAAGAACUUGGAAGCUUACAAUUUAAAACGCGACUGGAAAGCGACGUCAUAUGGAUACGACAAAAACAAUAUCAGAUUUAUUGCUUCCUAUGAGCACAAAAGAUAUCCCUUCUACGCUGUUCAAUUCCACCCAGAAAAGAAUGCGUUUGAGUGGAAAAGGUCCAAACGCCACCCUCAUUCAAUGAGAGCUAUAAAGGCGAACCGACACUUUAUGGAUUUCUUCGUGGAUGAAUGUAGAAAGAGCACUCACUCCUUCCAGAACGAGAGAGAGGAAAACCAGUAUGUUAUCUACAACUACCCAGCGGUAGCUACAGGAAUCCUCGGCAGCGCUCAUCAACAAUGUUACUUCUUUGAACCGAGAGGAACUGUAUCUAAUCAAUAG